CCUUCGUAAACAGCAAGACUUUGAUGAUUUGUUGAAAAGCGAAAUCCAUGACAACACGAUCUAAUACAGCGUUUACAAACGACCAAAUGAAAGAUGCGCUAAGAUUAGCCAAAGGCCUGUUUGAGUCCAAAGUGCUGGUUAAGCGACCUCCCACCACUGCUCAGAGGGCAACCUACAACACCAGUCGGCCUCAAAGCGUACCAAAGUCAUCAUCACAUCGGACCAAGAAACUAAAGCCGAACAAGUCUGAAAACCAGCUGGUCAAUCCAGUUUGGCGACCUUUCAGUCAGGAUAAAUCAUUAAGUCAGGCUCGAAAAGAGAUCAUUUAUGGCAAGAGACCCUUGAUAAGGAAUGUUGACAAAGAAGAUCAUGGAAUCAAUGACACAAAACCCAGGCAGGAAAAUCUAGGAUUAAUACUGGACCCCUUUAGGAAGAACAGUUUGAGAUAGCUAGACAGUUUUUUUUACCAAUAGGUUGCCAAGAGGUAUUGAUUCAAUGGAACCCUGGAUGACUGACGAGAAUCUUGAAUCAUGGACUGGUAUUCCUGCAAAUGAAAACUGUUUUGUAAUGUUACCAAGUGGAUUUGCAGCUGAUGUCAAUUGUCUGCCACCUCCACAGAGCCCUACAGACACCUUGUUGGAAAGAUCAGUUCAGGAAAUUAAGGCAUAUGUUCCACCAAAAAUUCUCCACCAAUUAUAACUACCUGGAAAACGAAGAUCAAUCCUUUCAGUGUCAACAUGGCCAGAAGCAACAGGGUAAACUUGAGUCCAGAGAAAACAUGAAAAGAUUAGAAACAAGUGAGAUUAUAAUGCAAGAAAUUGAAGAGCUUGAGCAACUGCUCCAAGGGUAUGGUAAUCCAAACAGUUCUUCCAUUGUCAACCUUUAUCAACAUGAAAUUACAACCCUUAAAGAGAUGGUAGUCACAACAUUACGGGACUAUACCUUCAAUGUAAACAUACCAGAGGAAAUGGCACCUGAAAUUUUUCAUGGUGACUUAUUUGAAUUUCUGGCACAUCAUGACAAAACAAUUGCUGCAAUAAAGGAAAAGCGGGAUGCAUGUGUAAGGGAAUUAGCAAGACUGGAAAAAGAACUUGUCCAAAGUAAAUAAACCAAAGCCAGAAGAACCUCAAAAUUCUUUGUUGUUUUCGUGCAAAGUUCAUGUUCCCGUAAUGGUGUGCUCAGGCGAAAUAAUGGGUCAUGUUUCCUGAAAAAGCAAUUGUCCCAUUUCAGAAAAGCCUCAAUGGCAAAACAUUUGGCAAGAAAGAGGGUCUUGAGCUGAUAAUGGAGAAAGACAGAGCAGUUAAUGGAGCCCAAUUGACAUUAUUCACCUUUUA